UCCUCUCUCAUACCGGAAGUGAGCGCUUGCCAUGUAAUUUCCUGAGCCGGGAGCCCCGAAAGGCUCGAAGUUUGUUUAUUUUUUUUCUUCCUCGACUUUCGGAAUCUGCGGUUGAGUUUUCCAGGCCGGAGCCAUGUCUGUAGCGGGGCUCAAGAAGCAGUUCUACAAGGCUAGUCAGCUUGUAAGCGAAAAGGUUGGAGGAGCAGAAGGGACUAAGCUAGAUGAAGACUUUAAGGAAAUGGAAAAGAAGGUAGAUGUUACCAGUAAAGCAGUGUCUGAAGUCCUGGCUAAGACCAUUGAAUAUCUUCAACCAAACCCUGCCUCUCGUGCCAAGCUAUCUAUGCUGAACACUGUAUCCAAAAUUCGAGGGCAAGUAAAAAAUCCUGGAUAUCCUCAACCAGAAGGUCUUCUGGGAGAAUGCAUGGUACGUUAUGGAAAAGAACUUGGAGAAGAGUCAAAUUUUGGUAAUGCAUUGUUGGAUGCUGGGGAGGCCAUGAAAAGACUUGCAGAAGUGAAAGAUUCUCUGGAUAUAGAUGUGAAGCAAAACUUCCUGGAUCCCCUGCAAAACCUUUGUGACAAGGACCUAAAAGAAAUACAGCACCAUCUAAAGAAGUUAGAAGGACGUAGAUUGGAUUAUGACUACAAAAAAAAGCGCCAAGGGAAGAUCCCAGAUGAAGAGCUGCGACAAGCAUUAGAGAAGUUUAUAGAAUCUAAAGAAGUGGCAGAGACGAGUAUGCUCAAUCUUUUGGAUACUGAUGUGGAGCAAGUAAGUCAGCUUUCAGCUUUGGUGGAAGCACAGGUGGAUUAUCACAGGCAAGCAGUUCAAAUAAUGGAGGAGUUGUCGGACAAGUUCAAGGCUAGCGUUCGUGAAGCUUCCACACGGCCCAAAAGAGAAGUAAAGGUUAAAACACAGGAAAGUUAUGACUACGGUGACACAGACCAUUCCAAUGGAGGCAUUUCCUGUAACCCUCUAAACAAGGCACCAGUCUCAUCCUCUUUCCGCUCAGAAAAGCCCGCCAGAACACCUAGCAAUCGCAGCUCCACACCACUGGACCAACCAUGUUGUAAAGCUUUGUAUGAUUUUGAACCAGAAAAUGAUGGAGAGCUUGGCUUUCGUGAAGGUGAUAUUAUCACGCUGACGAAUCAGAUUGAUGAAAACUGGUAUGAAGGAAUGAUCAACGGAAUGUCUGGAUUUUUCCCCCUCAACUACGUGGAGGUCCUGGUUCCAUUACCUCAGUGAAGACUACAUUAUUCUAUUGUUCUAAUCAGCUUUUCACUUAACAAAGGACCAAAUUACUGAGUUGCUCAUUACAUAACUCCUUUGAGCCGGAACCACCCCCCCAUUUUUGAACAACAGGAGUUGGUAUUUCUUUAGUUGUAUGGUGCAUUAGCUUUGGAACACUAGGUAUAACAUAAUUCCGUCCAUAUAACUUCUUUUAUAACUGUCUUUAUGGACAAGUCAGAUAGAUUUAUUGCCCAACUCAUGAAAACACUACAGUCUUUAGCACAGUACCUAUCUUAUCUCCAGAAAAUAUGAACUUUUUUUCAUCUAACUAGCUUCAAAGAGACAAAUAUACCCCAGUUAUGUGAGGGAAUAGUAGGUAUCUUGUAUUCUUUUAUAUUUUUAAUCUGUUAUUCUGAAAAUAAUUUAUCCUGACUAUAUAAAUACAAAUGCAUGUAACCUAUAUAUGUUGUUACUAGUAUUGUUACAGUAAAUAUUCAUUUUUUUCAUAUAUAAUCUUAAAAUUUUUAUCUUAAUAGCAUAGGGUGAUACCCUUUGGAUAUGAGUUAAAUUCCUAUAUUAAAGAUCAUCACCAUGGAUGCUUUAUCUUCUAUGUAAUAAGGGCUAACGCAUACUUUUCAUGUUUCUCAUUUACUUGCAAUAAAUGCGCUCAAUUGAACCCAAAA